AUGGAGGCGACCAUCAUCGCUGCUGGACCGUCGUCGAGCAGUGAAGUCAUGUCCACUCCCUCAUCGCUUCCACCACACCACCACCACCAUCAACAACAACAACAAUCACAACAACACGACGACUCCGACUCGCGACACGGCUUCGGCGUCAAGCCCAGCAUGAGCGGCCAGGAAAGCGCUGGAUUCAAGGAUGCCACCAAGGCUUUUGUCACGCGCAUCCACGACGACGAUGUCCAACCGGAUGGAGAGCGAGAUGUCACAUUCCAAGGCCCCCGUCUGCGAUCCAGUCGCCAGUCCAAGCCCAUUCAUGCCGCGAUGGUGGUGGAGAAGAAGAAGUUGCUCGACUUACCCGUGGACAUCCUCAAGGACAUCGUCAAGGAGGUCACCCACACCAACGACCUCACUUCCCUCGCCCUGUGUCAUUCCGCCCUCCACCGCCUCACCAUCCCGCACAUCUACUCCCGCUUCGAUAUUGUCUGGCCGGACAGCAGUACGCAUGCCGAGCCGAGGAGUGGUGUCGAUGCCCUGACGUAUGGUCUGGCCACUCUUGUCAUGGCGGAGGAAAUCUUUGGCGAGGCACCCAACCAACGGCAACAUCACAACAAUCGCUUCAAUCAGGGGAACAAAAGUGGAAUUGCGUCGGAAAUGGCCAUCCGGCGGCGACGCGGAAAUCACUAUGCGCAGUUCACAAAGAAGUUCUCGCUGGGAAAUGGUCCCGCGGAUUGGGUGCAGGAAUAUCUCAUCUCCAAGGAAGGUGGGAAGAUGCUGGGAACGCUUGUCGCAUUGGCGGUGGCGCGCAUGCGAUCGCUCGAAACCUUCAUCUGGGACAUGCCCACGGGAAUCUUGAGGGAUGUCUGGUUGGCCUUGUCAUCACUGGGAGAUCGCGACGAUGGACAGCCAUGUCGGUUGGAGAAGUUGUGGGUCAGGUGGCACGACAACUCUUCCAACACCGAUCAUCUGCAUGCUCCUCCACAUGGAACCGCUCAGAUCCCCACCAUCCCUGGACAACCUCGAUUGCUACAAAUAUCCUCCGCGGAUCUGGAUCGUGUUGAACAUCCCUCCUUUUCAGUCCUACCACCCCUCAAGAGCCUCAGUGUAUUGGACAUUGACGAAUUGGCCUACCUGGAUGAAAUGGCCGUGCUCAUUGGAAAGUCUCUCGACAAACUUCGCGAGCUGAGGGUGGGAAUCGCACGACAUGCCAUGACCAAGGACUGGGUGACGGUAUGGGAAGGAGACGUCGUCCAUCAAGUCGACCGUGACUUCCCGACAGCUGGUACCGUGACUAUUGGAGAGAAGAGACUCGGUGGUGUGUUGGGGACUUUGACGGGCUUUGUGUGUGAUAUGCGGAGAUCAAAAGUCGUCUUGCCGGAUCGGACGAAGCUGAGAAGGAGAUCAAGCCCGGUUGCGGCCGCCAGUGCAGGAUCAAGUCUCGCAGCAUCGCCAUCAGAGGCUCCACUUCCCACAAACAUCACGCAAGCYCCGUCUACAUCGACAGCGUCUGCCUUGCCUUUUACCGAGGCACCUUCGCUGUUCGGAUUUGCGCUACCGGCGAACCCAAUCCCGCAAGCAGAGAUCUCACCGACGAUUGGCUCGAAUAACACACCAGAACAAACCGCGCAGCCUCAAGAAUCACCAGACACAUCAGAACCGGUUCCAUUCUCGCCCACCGACGAACCACUCCCUCUCGCAACACCAAACGAUGAAGACACUUCCUCUCGACUCGCCAACAAACUCAAAUUGGAAUCCCUGGAACUCGAACGCGUUCCUCUUUCCAUUCCCGUACUCCAAAAAGGCAUCGACUGGACUUGCCUCACAUCACUUACCCUCCUCCACUGCCCCAACCACGAACAACUAUGGAAGACUCUUCGAAGGACAUUCCAACCGAGACCGAAGUCUCCUGUCUAUCCUCACGCUCGACUGCGAUCAGCCAAUCACACUCCGCGGAAAGGUGGCAGCAAAUCCGCGACAGCUGCCUUUAACCCCGCCGAUAUGGAAUACGGCCUCAACCUGAAGAGGAUCCACACCAACACCGUCUCCCCGUCUCUCAUUUCAUUCUUGAAGGAGACGCUGGCGCCCAACACCUUGGAGGUCCUCUUCCUCCAAGAUUCCCGCGCCUUCCCCACCAGUGUAACAAUCGAAAGCAUCUACCGCGGUCCCCUUCGACGGCAUCGAGGCAGUCUUCAAAAGCUGUUAAUUGAUUCGUCGGAGAAGACACCCGAAGGCAUACCAGUGUGUUCCUCGACUCGCUGGAGACGAUGGAUUACGCCGCGAGAGAUUCUCUCCUUCAUCCUCAGCGGCAAGAUGUCUGCACUCCGCGAACUGGGACUAGCGAUGGAAUACAGGGACUGGCAUUUCUUUCUUCAGGGCCUGCCAGUCUUGAAAGGAUUGCGGAGUUUGUUCCUGACGGGAUUGGCGGACUACCCUGGCCAAGGGGUAAGUGCAGGGCAUGGAGGAGGAGUGUGGGAUGCGAGAGAACUGGCAUUGCAAGUGGUCGACAUUGUAGCGCUGCGAGGGGAAGUGGAAGUCUGUUAUCUGGGAGUUGGGGGAAAGUGCUUCGAAAUCCUGGAGAGAAAGGAGGGACACAAAGGGGAUGGGGAGGUUGUUGUGGGAGGCGCGUCUGGGGUGCAUCAUAUGGAAGACGAGGAGGAGGAGGAGGAGGAAGAGGAAGAGGAUGAUGAUGAUGGGGAGAUUGGGGAGGAGGACGAGGAUGAAGGCACGGAAUCCGAGGACGAUGAUGACGAUGACGACGACGACGAUGAUGAUAUUUCUGUUUUGAGCGAGGAUGGGGAGGUGCGAAGACAAGGGGGACGGUUGAGGUUGAGGGAGAUUUUGUUUUACGACGACAAGGUUGCGAUUUUCAAGGCCAGGCAUGGGAGGUUGUAA